CGACGCCUCAGUCUUGGGCUUGAAGGCAGUUCUUUCGGCCUUCCAUCAGGCUUUCUCAGGUUCUUAGACCCUAGCCCCAACCCAAAACGAUAUCUAGCCGACCUUCGAUUUCCUUUCGCGAAAAGAAAGAAACCGAAACCCUCGCUUCGCUUCCUUGUAUUCAUUUUGGCGGGAGAAUCGAAUCCAAUCGAGUGCGAGAGACCAUGGUAGACGAUUCAGAGAUGAACCCAGAUCAGGUAGAGGAGGAGUUCACCGUGUGGAAGAAGAACACCCCAUUCCUCUACGAUCUCGUCAUUUCUCACCCUCUCGAGUGGCCUUCUUUGACUGUCCACUGGGUCCCAUCUUCGCCAACCCCCUACGGAGCCGACCCAUCUUUUUCCGUCCACAAACUCGUCCUCGGGACCCACACCAGCGGUGGUGCCUCGGAUUUUCUCAUGAUUGCCGACGCAGUCCUUCCGACCCUUGCCGCAGAAUCCAAUUUUGGCUCUAGAAAUGAUGACCCAGUUAUCCCUAAGGUGGAGAUAACACAGAAAAUGCGUGUUGAUGGGGAAGUGAACAGGGCAAGGUGUAUGCCUCAGAAUCCUGUUAUUAUUGGUGCAAAGACAAGCGGCUGUGAGGUUUUUGUGUUUGAUUACACCAAGCAGGCAGCAAAGGAGGAAGGGGCUGAAUGUGAUCCUGAUUUGAGGUUGAGGGGUCAUCACAAGGAAGGGUAUGGGUUAUCAUGGAGUCCGCUUAAGGAGGGUUAUCUUGUGAGUGGUUCACAAGACCACAAGAUAUGCCUGUGGGACUUGUCUGCUUGGCCUCAAGAGAAGGUUCUUGAUGCAAUGCAUGUUUAUGAGGCUCAUGAAAGUGUGGUUGAAGAUGUGUCGUGGCAUUUGAAGAAUGAGAAUAUAUUCGGUUCUUCUGGUGAUGAUUGUCAGUUGAUAAUCUGGGACUUGCGUACUAACCAAACCCAACAUCGUGUUAAAGCUCAUGAGAGAGAGAUCAAUUAUUUGUCUUUCAAUCCUUAUAAUGAGUGGAUUCUGGCUACAGCAUCUUCUGACUCUACUGUAGGAUUGUUUGAUAUGCGAAAACUGACUAUGCCUUUGCAUGUUUUAAGCAGUCACACUGGAGAGGUCUUCCAGGUAGAAUGGGAUCCUAAUCAUGAGACAGUGCUGGCAUCUUCUGGUGAUGAUAGAAGAUUGAUGGUUUGGGACCUUAACAGGAUUGGAGAAGAACAAUUAGAAAUUGAGUUAGAUGCUGAUGAUGGUCCUCCCGAGCUUCUUUUUUCUCAUGGAGGCCAUAAAGCUAAAAUAUCAGAUUUCUCAUGGAACAAAAAUGAGCCAUGGGUGAUUUCAAGUGUAGCUGAGGAUAACACGCUUCAGGUCUGGCAAUUGGCAGAGAGUAUAUAUCGUGAUGAUGAUGACUUGCAAACUGCUGAGGACAAUCCAUAGUCCAUAGGUAUUGACUUUGUUUAAGGAUGUGUUUAAGUGAGUUAAUGCGAGUUAUAAUCAUGUCUUCUAUGUCAAGGACUAUAGUAGUCCUUUGACAUGUUUGAAUCAAUAUUCGAACCUUCUGUCUUUGUUGGUGUAUUGAUGGUUGGUUUACUGUUGACCUAAAUCUGCUUUAAAGCUAGUGAUUGAGUUUACCGAGCCCAGGUUGGGGGCUAAUCCCUUGUGACUCCUAGAACAAUAGCAUCAAGUAACACUCUUAGAAAGUUGCCUGAGACUUUGUCAAAUAGAUGAACCAAAAUUUUAAAACCAAAUAGGUUUUGCCUAUGAAUUCAUUGGAGGAAACAACCUAAAAGGGUUGAAGCAGUUUCUUUUGACUGAUGGAGAACCACUGAUCCAAUGACAAAUCUUUUGCCUACAAGCUAUAUAUCCUUCAAAAAGUAACAUAGUUUGCUCCAUCUUCAAGGAAACCAAGGUUUGUCUUUUAGCAUCUGAUAUUGCUCCAUCCUUUUAGGGUUUUCUCACAUACAAGUUUCCUUAAGAUCAUGGAACUGUUGCGGUCCCUUCCCAUCUCCCGAAAGUGCAUAUGGCUCCUAGGAUUUUAAAUGUAUUUUCAUUUAAAUCCACAAGAAACCACCAAAAUUUGAGUAGAAACGGGCCUUUCUCUACAAAAAAUAGGGAAACAAAAAGACUUGUACCAGACAGUUAUUAGGGAUGUUAAUCUUAUUCGUAUUCAAUAGGAAAUUCGAUUUUUAUUCAAAUAGGGAUGGAGAUGGUAUUAUGUUGCGGGUACAGGAAUGAAGAGGCAUAUAAUUUUAAAUUUUUAUUA